AGUCUCAAUUUAAUUUGCAAGUGGUCGACAGUAGAGGUGCGGCACUCUUUCAUCCAUGAUCCCGCACCCCUGGUGCAGGAAAUGGAUGACAAAGUUGCCAGUACAGAGAAAGCAGAAGAAGCCAAGAUAAAGGUCAUGCAUCCCAAUCUUGGAGCUAGACCGGGAGGUUCAGAUUUUCUGAGAAAACGACUUCAGAAAGGGCUAAAGUAUUUUGAUUCUGGCGAUUACAACAUGGCCAAGGCCAAAAUGAAGAAUAAACACUUGCCAUCAGCCCCAACAGAGAAGGCUCAGAUCACAGGUGGUCACAUCCCGACACCUCAGGACCUGCCUCAGAGAAAGACCUCUAUUGUGACAAGCAAACUGGCUGAAAGAUGAGUGUUUUUGUAGCUUUAUUAUAGCUCGGUAUAGCUCGUUUGGUAGAGCGGCCGUGCCAGCAACUUGAUGGUUCCAGGUUCGUUUCCCGCUUUGGCCAUCCUAGUCACUGCUGUUGUGUCCUUGGGCAAGACACUUUACCCACCUGCUCCCAGUGCCACCCACACUGGUUUAAAUGGAACUUCGAUAUUGGGUUUCACUAUGUAAAGCGCUUUGAGUCACUAGAGAAAAGCGCUAUA